AUGUCGAGUUCUACUGACUAUAAAGCUCAUUUUUCUCACACCUCAUCAAUGCAGCCCCAAUUCAUGGCUACCACCAUUCAAGCAAAGAUAUUAGCGAUGAUUAAAAUGCAACGUGAGGAUUUGGACUGCUCCGCAGCCCUGGUCUGCAGCUCUGCUGCUGGUUACGUGGCACAGCCACCGCAGGAGAUAGGCACCGCAACUGCCCCGGAGCCACCUGCGGCUCGGGAAGGAAACACGUACGACAGAUCGCUCGUCGUCGACGGAGAAGAAGCGUCUCUGGUGGUGUUUGACAUAUGGGAGCAGGAUGAUAGUCAAUGGCUACAGAAUCACUGUAUGAAGAUGGGAGAUGCCUAUAUUAUUGUAUAUUCAGUGACGGAUAAAGUUAGUUUUGAAAAGGCUUCUGAGCUUAGAAUCCAGCUAAGAAGAGCAAGACAAACAGAAGACAUUCCUAUUAUUCUUGUAGGCAAUAAGAGUGACCUGGUCAGAUCCCGGGAGGUCUCAGUUGAUGAGGGACGGGCCUGUGCUGUGGUAUUUGACUGCAAGUUCAUUGAGACCUCAGCUGCUCUUCACCAUAAUGUCAAGGACCUGUUUGAAGGUAUUGUUCGGCAAAUUAGACUUCGCAAAGACAGUAAAGAAGACAACGCUAGGAGAAUGGCCAACACAAAAAGAAGAGAAAGCAUAGGCAAAAAGGCAAAGCGAUUCCUUGGGAGAAUUGUAGCAAAGAACAACAAGAAGAUGGCUUUCAAAGCAAAAUCAAAAUCUUGCCAUGACUUAUCUGUGCUUUAGAAGCUUUCAGCAAAGCCAGAUGUUGCACGUGGCUGCUGAACAAGCAAUUGACUCUUGAGAAGUGUGUAUGGAUGAUCCUCAUGGUGAUAAAA